GCAGUUCAUGAUCUGGCACGGAUGGUUUAAUGUAGGGCUCUGACAUUGAGGAAAAAUGGGAUUAACUACAAUUGCGGUGUUUAUCGGGGUCAUCCUUCCCUCUUUACACGGUCUACCACGUGAUCCAGAGAGACAUUCCCUCUAUUACAUAUACACAGCCCUAUCAAAGACCGUAACCGCUCCCAACAUCUAUGAGUUUACUGCAAUGGGCCUCCUGGAUGAUCGCAAGAUUGACUACUACAACAGUGUAGAUAAGAAGAAGAUCCCUCAAGAGAACUGGAUGAAAGAGAAGCUUGCCGCGGACUACUGGACUAAGGGAACCCAGUCGCGCCAGAGCAAAGAGCAGUGGUUCAAAGUCAACGUGAACAUUCUGAUGGAACGCAUGAAGCAGAAUGAAUCUGAUCUUCAUGUACUGAGUUGGAGACAUGGCUGUGAGAUUGACAAAUACUCUGAUGGUCGCGCCCAAUUUGUCAGUGGCGUUGAUGAGUACAACUAUGAUGGAGUGAAUUUCCUGUCCUUUGAUGAAAACGAAAUGCAGUGGAUAGCAGCAGUAUCGGAAGCAGUACCCACUAAGAGGAAGUGGGACGGGGUGCCCGUCCUCAACCAGUACACCAAGGGCUACCUGGAGAAAGAGUGUGUGGGGUGGUUGGAAAAAUUCAUGGCCUAUGCUGAAGAAGAACUUAAACAAGCCUCUCCACCAGAAGUUUAUCUUUUUGCUAGGGUAAGCAAGUUCUCCAGUGAUAAGCUGAGCAUGACCUGCCUGGCUACAGGGUUCCAUCCAAAAGACAUUGACAUGUCUAUUCAGAGGGGCCAGACUGCUGUGGUUACGGCUGAGAUUAAAGAUGUCUUUCCAAAUGGUGAUGGCACCCACCAGGUGAGGUUGCAGGUGGAGGUGCCAAAGCUUGAGGCCAAUGAUUAUGAGUGCUUCAUAAACCACAAAACCCUCAAUGCACCAGUUGUCAGAUUCUGGAAGACAGAUGGAGUUGAGUUUGAUGAAUCUUCACCUAUUGUUCCGAUUGCUGCUGGAGUUGGAGUUGGAGUUCUCCUUCUUGUUGGUGUAGUCAUACUUGUGGUUUUACUUGUCAAGAGAAAACCAGCUGAUAGGUUCUCCAACACAGGGACGAGGACUAUUGAGGCGACAGCAGCACCAGCUGAGACAGAGACGCUUACGAGAGGCAAGGCUGACAAUGCUGAUGAAAUGCCCGAAGAGGAAAAGAAGCUGAACGGAGAUGACAAGAAUUCAGGUAGCAGCAAAGACUCUGGUUUGGACAUUGGACAUGCAUCCGCUACCGGCUCAGUGAAGACCGAUGGGAGUGUUAAUUCCAUUCCCAACUCAGAGACGAGCGCUGGGAGUGCUGAUCCCAGUGUGUGAAACACAGCGUUGUGAUCAUCAUGUGCUGGAUGGUGGUGGGCUAAUUAUCAGUACAACUGAUCAGUGCCACUAUCUCUGGAGUACAACUGAACUGAGUAACUGGGUAAACGUUCAGAGCACAUAAUGAAAUUCAUCAAUGUAGAAUGUGAGACGUUCACAUCAAUCAAUUUAUGUCCAUUUGUCGAUUUUGAUUAUGUUUACUCUACUUUUUUAUUGCGAAUGCUGUCAUGUGUUAUGAGCAUACUGCAGAUACAAUCUCACCAGUGUGUUUAGAAUGUUGCAGAAUGAUUGUUUAUUUGGGUCCAUCGAAUAUAUAUUGAAUUGUCUUAUAUUGUUCAUGAACCCAUUUGUAGGUUAAUUUGUGUUUUACAGUAAAGUGUAAACCUUACCGUAGAUGUUAGUUUUCUUUAUGCUGUUUGUAAGUUUGCUAUGACUCCUUUGAGUUGCACAGGUCUUAUGGAAUUAGUCCAUUGUGUGAUUUGAUCAGGAAAGUUGUUUAAAACAUAUGGUCAAAGCCUUUCCUCCAAUCAAUCUGUAACGGUAGCCAUGGUGUCACCUUAACUAUGCCCCCUUGCCUAGUGAACAAAGACAAGUCUUGGUAGAAACCAGUCUGGUCAUGUAUUUUAGAAUAAUGGGACUAUAUGUGUGAAAUGAAUUGAUUUUGUAAUAAGAAGGAGCCUUGCCCUACAGAUCUUUGAAUUUGUGGUGUUUGUAACUUUCCUGAAAAUAAAGCUUGCAGUCUCA